AUGGAUCCAGUGGCAAAGCCACAUUGGAAGGAAAAUAUGCUGCUGGGGCGUGGGGCGGGCAGGGGGGAUGCAGCAGGGGGAGGAGGAGGAGCAGGAGGAGGCUGGGGAGGAGGAGGAGGAGGAGGAGCAGGAGGGGGCAGAGGCGGAAGCAGCAGCAUUUUCGCUGUUAAGGGGGGAUAUGCUGGCUCUGGAACAGCAGGAGCAGGAGCAGGGGCAGCGGCAGGGGCAGGGGCAGGAGGAGUGGAUAUCAACAAUCGCCCUCUUAGUGGUGGCAGCUUCUUUGCCAAAUUCGCAGGGGCAGGAGGAGGAGGAGCAGGAGCAGGAGGGGGAGGAGGAGGAGGUGGAGCAGGGGUGGGAGGAGCGAGGAUGGGCAUGGGAGCAGCAGGAGGAGCGGGAGGAGCAGGAGGGAUGGACAGUAGCAGCUUGUUACGUGCUCAGAGCUGUAGCGUGGCAGAGUUAGAGCUAGCGCUGCCAUUCUUGGUGAAAACCACGUCGUUCCACCUAGCAGGAGGCAUGCUGCAGGAACAGUUUCUUAAGCAGAGCACUCUUCCUACGGGCACGCACGCACCUGGGUCUGCUGUUGGGUCUACUGCUACGUCUGGUUCUGCCCCUGGGUUUGCCGCUGCAUCUAGUGGUGCUGCUGCUGCCGGUGGUGGUGGGUCUCGAGUGUUAGGUGCUGCUGGUGGUGCUGGUGGUGCUGGUGGCAGUGGUGGUGGUGGUGAUGGUGAUGUUUCAGAUGCUACGAGCGAGGAUGGGAGCAUGGGAGGGGGAGAUGAUGAUGAUGAUGAUGAUGAUGAUGAUGAUGAUGAUGAUGAUGAUGAUGAUGAUGAUGAUGAUGAUGAUGAUGAUGAUGAUGAUGAUGAUGAUGAUGAUGAUGAUGAUGAUGAUGAUGAUGAUGAUGAUGAUGAUGAUGAUGGUGCGGAUGACAGUGCGAGUGUGAGCACGCAGCUAUCAGAAGAUGCACCACACCAUUCCAGCUUGGAUUUAUCGGUCUAUAGCCAGCCUUCGAACACUCGUGCCGCUGCUGGUACCGCUGCUGGUUCUGGUGCUGCUGGUGCUGGUAGUGGCGGUGGUGGUGGUGGUGGUGGCCGUGGUGGUGGUGCUGCUGGCGGUGAUGGUGCUUCUGCUGCUGCUCGUGGCUCGUAUCAAAGAGGAGAUGAGGAGGAUGGCUCAGAUGAUGACGAGAGUGAGGAAGAGGAGGAUGAUGAGGAGAGGAGGAGGAGGCUGAGCGGCGGUAGGGGACACCGGAGGGAGAGACCAUCGCACACCAUCACUCGCAUCAUCCCCUUCACUAUCAUCACCACUAACAUCGGCGCUGCUCACCCCGCCGCCACCACACACCGGCACUGGUGCAACUGCCACCACUGA